UACGCUUUCACUGUAUACUCCCCUUUAACUGGUGACGGCCCCUUUAAGGGUUAUGUAGAGAGAAGGGCUGAUGUAGGACGACUCCUCUGUGUGCGCUGCCAUCCUCAUCAUGGCCUCCAAACAACCGCCGCUGCAACCGAGAAUGAGCACGAGCAGACGAGCUGUUGGCCCUUUCAUUCCCCGCGCGGAGACCAACAACGUUAAGCCGAAACAGAGGCACCGGUAGAGGGGUGCGCGCCGGGGGAUCAAGCCUCCGAGCUCAUGCCACCCCGUUCUCCUCGAUGUCUUCGUCAAAAGCCACUUACAGCCAUUUGACAAAGAGGGAUGCAAACCCGGGCGGCGGCAGAAACAUGAACACGAAUAGGGAUUAUUCUAUCAAUCUAUCCGUGCAGCAAGUGCUGAGCCUCUGGGUGCAAGGCACGACGCUGCAACAUUUCACAGAGAUGUGGUACUGGGUGUUCCUGUGGUGUCUUUUCUCCUCGCUCUUCGUCCACGGGGCGAUGGGCCUGCUCAUGUUAGUUAUGCUGCAGCGCCACAAGAGGGGUCGCCUCAUCACCCUGGUCCUGGUCAGCGUGGGCUUCCUGGCCUCCUUGGCCGGUGGGGUCAUCACCAGUGCGGCCGUGGCAGGGGUGUAUCGUGUGGCAGGGAAGGACAUGGCCCCCCUCCAGGCCCUGGUGUUUGGAGUGGGCCAGACCACACUCUCUGUAGUCAUCUCCUUCUCACGUAUAUUGGCCACUCUCUGAAGAGAUGACUCUACUACACGGACAGACUCACUGACGAACAGACACACAAGAGAGGAGAGAGGAAAGGGGAAGGGAGGGACAUGUCCGAUAGACCGGAGUUCACAUCCCACCAGUUACACAAGCAGAGACGGCAAUGGGUGGCAGUUAACUGCAUGUAGUAUUUGAAGGAAAACAAACAGAGUCAAAUAGAAGAAGAGAAGAAGAUGGUGUCCCAGUACUAGACGUCUAGACAUUUGGGGAUGAAUGAAUGUGGAAGAGUGCCCCCUAGUGUCUCUGUUCAGCCACUGCUACGUUUGCCAGAGCUCCCUUUGCUACAAGGGACCUCUCAAUGCAGGCCUCACUUCUGUGUGUCAAAGACACACACUUCCUUGGGCUCUCCACCAGUUGGCGAUGUCCACAGACUCUGUCAAGUGUCAAGCCAGUGAAACCACAUCCUGAACUGAAAGCUAAUUUGAGGUUCUAUGUGCCGAUGUCCUCUGGGACUUAACUUCAGUGUUGUAAAAGGGGAAGGAUUUCAUGGCAUCUCUACAGACUGUUGAAAGCUUUCUGUUCUAUUUGUGGGGGGGGGGGACGACUCCUAUUUAUUUAUUUUACAGUAAAGACAAACCACAGCAACCUGUAAUGAAUUGAACAAUUCAAGUCUACGGUCCUUGAAGUGCCACGGUAUUUUGAUGAGAUGGCCAGAACAAAAUUGGACCUGUGAAGACCCACCAUCAUUCUGACAUGCCUGAGAGGUUGUAAACGCAACGAUGAUGGUCAACCAAACUACCAUUCAGUGUUAGAACAAAUCUACCAACCACAAUCAACUGGAUGUUCUGUCCUUGGAAGAUGACAUCCUAAUAACCAUUCCUUCCUGUAAAGUAUUCCAACUACCACAGCAGGUUUUUUGUUUGUAACACUCCAUAAUGCUUAACCUUUGCACUUUCUAAAUGUUGGUGAUCCACCUCCUUUAUCUAAGAGGUGUCUAAAUACAGUAGGUUGUUGAGGUUCCGUUGGUUCAAGGUUACUAUGGAGAUAACCACUACGCUUGUUAAGGGCUCUGCAUACGCAAACGGAGCUGACGUAGGUCCAUCAUUUGCGUUGACAGUGUAGAGCCCUUUAGAUGUUUGUCAAGUCUAGACCAGUCCAGGUUGUCCAACGUACUCUGGGGAAAUAGCAACUCUGACCAUGAACCUUGUCUGGAGAGGGUCAGAGUUGCUACUUGGUUCUUACAGGGUUUUAUGGAGGUAAACUAAUGUAUUAACUGAAGUAAAAAGGAAGAAUUGUCCUAGUAGUCGCAGCUGUAUUGCUUCUUGAGGAAUAUCUCUGAUAAAGUAUCUCUUGGAAGUUUUACUGUCUGUGCUGUGGUGCAGAUUUACUGUUAAGGUUUAGCGGUUGGAAUCCAGCCGCUACUUGGCUGUUGUGAUAACAAUGUUGUCCUGACUCCUAUAAAUCCCACUCCAUAGAGAGCCAUUCCUGGAGAAGGUCAGAGACUUAGUGUGCAUCCCAAAUGGUACCCUUUUCAUAUAUAGUACACUGCUUUUGACCAGGGUCAGUAGGACUGUAUAGGGAAUAGGGGGCCAUUUGGAAAGCAUCCUCUACUGCUGCUGAAACAGCCAUUUUCUUUGGCUCCCUGCCUUCCUCCCUGUUAGUUCUUGCUAAUCGUGUGUGUAUUGUUUGUGUUUUAACUAAGUUAGACUUUGCAUAUUGCACUGACAACGGUCUGCCUUUAUUUCGCACAGUUUGUUUUAUGAUAUUGGUCCCAGUGGGUGACCCAUAGAUCCAUAUAGGAUUUUAUACAGUAUGUCCCAUCAUCAGUACACACAGUGGGUCCCAAAAAGCAGGUUUUUGUCCAAAAUGGCACCCUAUGCCCUUCAUAGUGCACCCUUUUUUGACCAUAGCCAAAUGGGUUUGAGAAGCACUGCUGUGGUUUUGGAGGUGCUUUUGGGAUUGCAGAGCAAUGUUUUGUUUUUGUGGGGCCCUGUGGGACUAACCAUAAUGAAUGUUUUUGUGUCUGUCCUGUCCACACUCUGGAACAGUUCACGUUUAUUAACCAACUAUAGGACAGGUCUUACUGCAUCCCAAAUGGCACUAUGUUCCCUACAAUGUGCACUACUUUUCACCAGAGCCCUAUGGGGGAAUUUUGGGAUGCACACAUUCACUCCUGGAAUUGAAGGGUUGCAAGGCCCACUGGUUUGUACCUUACAAUGUCAUUCAUUUUGAAUCAAUAGCUGACGAUAUCUCAUCUCUCAGUCACUUUCAUUUGUCAGUAAAUGACUGUUGACCAAUAAAACAAGGCCCUCUGCUGCACCCUAAACUAGGUGUGAAUACCACACCAGGCCCUCUGCUGCACCCUAAACUAGGUGUGAAUACCACACCAGGCCCUCUGCUGCACCCUAAACUAGGUGUGAAUACCACACCAGGCCCUCUGCUGCACCCUAAACUAGGUGUGAAUACCACACCAGGCCCUCUGCUGCACCCUAAACUAGGUGUGAAUACCACACCAGGCCCUCUCUGGAAACAAAGGGUUUGUUUUUAUGCCAAAGGACUUCAUUCUCACAUGUUAGCUUUAUUUGUUAAGGGUUCCUUAUUUUUUGAUUGUUGUUAUUAUUGCUGAGAAAGUAUGAAUCGCUUAUCAGAACCAUUAUUUUGCACUGAGCUAAACGUUUAGCUGAGCUAAACAGAUUUAAAAUCCCCAAACCCACAAAAAGUUAACAACAUUUGCUUCAUUUUGGCUUAAUAUGAAAUUCCAGUGUGUGACCGAAUUGAGUGAUCUAAGAGUGUUUACCAAUGAAAGUGAUUGCUCUGUUUUUUCCUUAGUUAUGUAAUUGACACCACUCACCUUCAAUACCCAGUCUGCACACCAGAGGGAGCCAGUACGCUGAGUAUUGAAUAAGAGAGUAGUAGCCAGUGUCAGUGGUGGAUUAGGAAUGAUACAGUAAUGAUCGGGGUUGUUGUAUAGAAGAAAAUAUACCUGUGGCAGUUUUUUGAUAUUGUCAAUUUGUAUUUGAAUUUGUAUUUGAUUCUAAAAUGAAUUCCUGAGGCUUGCAGAUGGUCUGGAAACGACUGUGUUUGAUUAUUUGCCUAAUCUAAUAUGGCUAUCCAAUACUAUCUCUCUCAGAACUCUCUGAUUCAAGAAAAUUCUUGGAUAAAACAAACUAUAAUCAGCAAAUACUAUUAAUGAUCAAAUUCCCCAGAUCAACUGAAUUCAUAUUGUAUUAGUAAGUUAUUACACUCAUUUGAAUAUUUUUGGCUCGAGUUCGGAGACCAAAUGUGAGUUAUUUCUGAUGGCUCUACAAUGCUGUCAUAGCGAUAUUAUCUAGAUAUUUCUGUUUGUGAAUGAAACUGCGUUUGAGAGUUGGAUAUGGUGCAUAGGACUUGUGACAAGAGUGUUGUUGUGUGAUGUUGUACUGUAUGUCUGUGUGGUUGUAAAUGUGAGUGUUAUAACAUGCAUUAACUUUUUUCUUUUCAGAAGGGGCCUGCAAUACAAUUGUCAUUGCAGCAUCUGAAAUGCUUUAUCGAGUUGAGCAAAAGGGGUAAGGACCUUGUCAUAGGUGUAACACUGACUGACCCAGUGUGUUCAGCAAUGUUGUCUUACUGAGCAAUGUCUUACAUAAUGUGUUUUUAAAAUCUAAAAAAAACAAUGUCAUCUACAAGGUGUUCACAACUACUUUUCUGCCGACAAACCUCCAAGCACUAUUCUUGUUGAGAGACAAAGAAGCAUAGCUUUUGUUGUUCAGAUCAGUGCACCACGAUGCAUCGGCUAUUAAGGUAAAUAGAAUAAAGUUCACAUCAGAGGGAUGUGUACCAUGACAUGUACUGGAAACACACAUAGACAUCAUGACUGCGCCAUGGACAGUAUUUUGAAACUCAUAACAUGUAUUUGUCUAUACAGUCUAUUACCACAUUUCAGAACGUCAAUGUGUGUGCCAUGAAUUCAAAUGUUUGGAAUCUGAUGAGGACGAGUAAGAAUUGGGUUGUCUGUUUCUGGUUCUAUCCCUGUGUGAUUGUGGGUAAUCCUUGGUUUACACUGCAAUAACUCAAAGGCGACAUUCUGCAACAGACGAUCCCUAGUUUCAAAUAGCACCAACCGCUAUCUGACCGUACGAAGCCCUGUCCUAGAAUCCUUCUCGCUGUGUUCCUCAUGAGUUUAUAGCCAAUGCCACCCCCCCCAGUUCUCUCCAGUGUUGUACAAAAUGCCACUUACUUUCCACUGACAAGUCUGCCCCUCAGCAAUUGCAUGCGCAAUACAACUCGGAUAAUGUGUGUGAAUGGAUUUGGACAAUCCAUUAUAGACAAUGGUGUGCAAAACAAGUGACACAUGUAGAUAAUGUAUAAUAUGUUAUUUUUUAAUUUUGUACCAGCGAACCGCUGAUGUUUAUAACUUGCCUAUUUAUGUACAAAUGUUCUCCUGUACAUACUGAGCAGUCAGUUGGAAUAAAAUGUUUUACAGUAAAAAUA